AAAUAUUACAUCAUCACUUUGCCAUUUUCUUGUGGUUUUCUAUUUCCACCAUUAAAGCUCAAGAAAAGAAAAGGUUAAGAGAGAGAGUGAGGAGAGAGAGAGAGUGAGGAGAGAGAGAGAAAAAGAGUUACUUUAACUCUCUUCUUCCUCUGCAAAUCUGACAGAGGAGAAGAAGAACCAAGCCCUCUUUGAUUAGGGUUCUUACUUCACGUGAAUCUGUGGGGGCUUUGAGAUCUUGAGAUUGAGAUCUCUUCUUCUAUGGUGGAAUCUCGUUUCUUCUAGAUCUUUCUUGCAAACAUGUCUUGGGUUCGAUUCGCAGCUGAGCAAAAAGACGGCACCUUUGCGUACCCACCACCGCCACCACCACCGUCUUCUUCCGGUAACAGAAUCAGCCCGGCGGUUCUAUUCGUGAUCGUGAUUCUAGCUGUCUUGUUCUUCAUCUCUGGCCUUCUUCAUCUGCUCGUUAGGUUUCUCACAAAGCACCCUUCGAGGUCUAAUAAUAGAUACCCAGAGAUCUCAACCAGUGAUGCUCUUCAAAGACAGCUUCAACAGCUCUUCCAUCUCAACGACUCUGGUCUUGACCAAGCUUUCAUCGACGCUUUGCCUGUUUUUCACUACAAAGAAAUGGUCGGUGCCUCCAAGGAGCCGUUUGAUUGCGCGGUUUGCCUCUGCGAGUUUACUGAGAGAGAUAAGCUGAGGUUGUUGCCAAUGUGUAGCCACGCUUUUCAUCUUACCUGUAUUGACACUUGGCUUCAGUCUAACUCCACUUGCCCUCUUUGUCGUGGCACUCUCUUCUCCCCUGGUUUCUCCAUGGACGACAAUCCCAUGUUUGACUUCGAUGGUUUAGGAGAAGACGAAGAGCGUGUACCCGAGAAAGCUGUGGAGAUUCAAGAAAUCGUUGUGGAGAAAGGGGUUUUACCGGUGAGGUUAGGGAAGUUCAAGAGGCUUGACAAUGAUGGUGCUGGUGGAGAGACUAGUAGUAGUAAUCUUGAUGCGAGGAGAUGUUUCUCAAUGGGUUCUUAUCAGUAUAUACUCGGUAACUCUGAGCUUAAAGUCCCGUUUUGCAAAGAUAGGCAGCGGCUUUUGAAACCUCAAGACAAAGAAUCUCAGGAGCAGAUUGAGGACUUAUCAUCAUCAUCAGAAGAAGAGAAGAAGAUUAGUAGUGUUGUGGCUAAGGGAGAGAGCUUUUCGGUUUCCAAGAUUUGGUUGUGGCCAAAGAAAGAUAAAUUCUCUUCAGAUGCUCAGAGAAGGUUGCCUUCUUCAUCACUUAACGUUGAUGAUCUUCCAAAACUUCCAUGGAUGGAAGAUCAUAAGAAGCUGGAGAAGGACGAAAGGUAGUAGUAGUAUCUUUUUUUUUUUUUUUUCCAAUUUGAAUCAUGGAUAAGGAAUAGUGUUUACUGAUUAUGUUUUGGGGGUGUUUGCCAGUCAUCUGUUGUAACAUAUUUGCUUAAAAGGUUGUUAAUGAUAUGAGAUCAAAGUUAAUGGAUUCCUAAAGACUGAUUCUUUAGCUUUA